AUGUAUUGUUGGCCUCUCACAGCCCUGUUUUACACCUUCGCCAUCCAUGUUAGCUCCGCGGCGGCUGCAAAGAACCAGUUUCAGCAGUGGUAUCCGGAAUACGGCUUCAUCUUUGACCGCAUCUUGAACAACAGCUGCUCACCACAGUUCGAACUCUACACCGACGGCAGAGCAAACAAAACGGAAUGGGAGCAAUCUUCCCGUUGGCUCGGUUCAGGCGGCACCUCCGCGCUCGUCGUGCCUCUUGUCAAUUGCCUGCUGGAGAACGCUCCCGAAUAUGUCAAGAGUGAUAUGGCUGGCGCCAGUGUCCUAUUAGGCCUGACUCCCAGUAUUCUGAUCGGCUUUGGUUCUGACGUAGCAGAAAGAUCGGCUCUUUCCGUCGUUGGAAGACGUCCUUUCCUCGCACUUUACCUGAGUGUGGGAGCUCCCGCCGUGUCUCCCUUGCGCCUAUUUGAGCAUCGCAAGCUGACGGAUAUCUUGGGCGAGCGGCGAGGUCGACUGGAACCCAAGUUCUUUAACUUAUACAUUGAAUGUAUAAUUCUGAUAAUCGAGUGUGCGAUUGUCUUCGGUGCCAUUGCUAAUAACGUCGUUCUUGCCCACGACCUUGCGGCUAGAGCUGUGGCCAGUUUUGCGCCGCAUUUGACGUAUCUGCCUCUCCUAUGGAUCUUUCUGGCCGCUGCUCCGCAUAUAUUUGCGGUAAUUGCCCUUUCGCGUCUUAUCGUUGUGAAGUCCACAACACACAAGAUGUCGUUACGACGCCGGUUCAAGACAUGGUUCAUGCCGUGGAUGGAACCUCAAGCUGCCACUCUGGAAACGUUCAAUGAAACGCCACUGUAUCUGUCACUUUCGUCAUUUGUUUCAAUUCUCACCAAUAUGCAUUUCAUUUUCGGUACACUUCUCUUUUCAAGUUUGCUCUUUAUUUCGGUCCGAGACAGCAUUCACAUCGUGGGCCGAUUCUUAGCCUCGGUUUUUGUUUGCAGAAUCGUCCUCAUGUAUGAGCUUGCGAGGCUUAGGCAUCUUUAUAAUUCGACAGAUGGAUAUCGAUUAAUCACAUAG